GCGCGAGUUGUCUUGCGUGGCAUCGGCCGGCCUUUGCGUGAAGGGGCCUACUUGAAGGACUGGUACCCACACAGCAGGCAGAUCACGCAGGUGCAGCAGUUUUGGUCACAUUCCUGGCACGGCUAUGUGUGGCCCAAGAUCGCCUUGCUCUACACGUCAUGCAAUGGUGUAGCUGCUGUUGUGUGCGGCAGCCUGGUGGUCCCGGUGGUGUCCUUCCUGCUGGUUGUUGGGAUGGGAAUCUUCCAGAGCCCAUGGCCACGCAUCGUUGGUACGCUGACCUCCGUUUUCGUCCUGCUGGCGUGGCGGCCAUCGAAGACUGUGUUCGUUGACAAGAUUUGCGUCGACCAGCAGGAUCCGAAGCUCAUGAGCGAAGGGGUGGUGAACAUCGGGGGCAUUGUGAAGAACUCCAAGUCCAUGCUCGUUUGCUGGGACAGCACGUAUCUCAGCCGCUUGUGGUGUGUUCUGGAAGUUGCCGCCUUCUUGAAAACCCACGACGCAGCGGAGAAGAACCUAUACAUUCGGCCAACAUCUUGGGGUUCUGUCACCUGCAUGCUGUUCCUCAUCUUCUCCGUCCUGCGCACUGGGGAGGACCUCGUGACGAAUCUUUUGAUUCCGACGCAGUCGUGGGCCCACAUGGACCAAGGGGAGUUCUUCGCGAACACACUGCUCUUCCAGUUUGGCAGUGCGAUCGUGAAAGUGCCCCUGACAAUGUUGCUCGCGCACGUCUGGCGUGGCCACCUGCGCGCGUUGGAGUCGGCGUUCUCACAGUUGUCGGACUUCUCUUUCGAGCGGGACAUCCGUUGCCACUGCUGCUCCCUUAACCACAUCCACCCAACUACCGGCCGCAGGAUGGUUUGUGACCAUGACACCAUUAGCGAAUGCCUAUGCACAUAG